AUGGGAGGAUUCUGGGAAGAAUACUUACAGAGCCCAACGUUGUCUGUGCUUCCACACGAUUACUUGAAGCCCCAUAAUAAUGAAGUGGUAGAGGCCAAUUAUACUUAUACAUUAUCUCAAAGUGUUGACCAUGUAUUUGGAUUGAGCGUUUUUGCGGCAUUGAUUUAUCGUUUGACUGGUGAUGAUGAUAUUGUGAUUGCUACUGAUGAUGUGAGUAAUGGAACUCCAUUUAUUGUGCGUUUGACAGUGGCUCCUGAAUGGACCUUUUCUCAGUUGCAUUCCAAGGUUAAAGAACAAUACGAUACCAGUUUGAAGAACAUUGACUAUAAUCUGUUAGAUGAAGUCGCCUCAAGAAUUAAGGAUGCCACUAAAUCUGAAGAAUAUCCAGCGUUGUUUAGACUCUCUUACCAACACAAUAAAGAGGUUAAACAGUUAUCAACAACUGUGACUGGGUCUGUACGUGAUUUGGCCAUUUUCACCAAUGGUAAUCAAUUAGACAUUUACUACAAUUCCUUGUUAUAUAAGCAAGAAAGAAUUGAAGUUUUGGUGGAACAGUUUGUUCAAUUUUCUAAAGUUGCAGCUGACUCCAACGACGACUUGAUCAUUACCAAAGUUAAUUUGAUUACCCCAUCUCAGAAGGCAGCCUUACCUGACCCCACUUUAGAUUUGGAUUGGUCCGGUUACAGAGGUGCUAUUCAAGACAUCUUUAUGAAGAAUGCUGAACUGCAUCCCGAUAGAACUUGUGUUGUUGAAACCAAGUCUUUCAUGGACCCUUCAACUAAGACCCGGACAUUCACUUACCAACAAAUUAACCAAGCUUCUAACAUUGUGGGUAACUACUUGAAGGAUACCGGGAUCAAGAAGGGAGAUAUUUGUAUGAUUUAUGCUUAUAGAGGUGUCGACUUGAUGAUUGCUGUGAUGGGUGUUUUAAAAGCCGGUGCCACGUUCUCUGUUAUUGACCCUGCUUACCCACCAGCAAGACAAAAUAUUUAUCUUUCUGUUGCUAAACCCAGAGCCUUAAUUGGCUUAGAAAAGGCCGGUGUUUUGGACCAAUUGGUUGUUGACUAUAUCAAGAAUGAAUUGGAUGUUAUCACUACGAUCCCUCAAUUGAAGGUCAAUGACGAUGGUCUGUUGAUUGGUGGCCAAUUGGAAGGAAAAUCUGAAGACUGUUUGGAAGCUUAUACCAAAUUCAAGGAUCAACCCACUGGGGUUAUUGUUGGACCUGAUUCUAACCCAACCUUGUCAUUCACUAGUGGAUCUGAAGGUAUCCCUAAGGGUGUCUUAGGUCGUCAUUAUUCACUUGCUUAUUAUUUCCCAUGGAUGGCUAAGAGAUUCAACUUGUCUGAAAACGAUAAGUUCACCAUGUUGUCAGGUAUUGCCCAUGAUCCUAUCCAAAGAGAUAUGUUUACUCCACUUUUCCUUGGUGCUCAAUUGUUGAUUCCUACUAGUGAUGAUAUCGGUACCCCAGGUAAGUUGGCUGACUGGAUGGCUGAAUACGGUGCUUCGGUGACCCAUUUGACUCCUGCAAUGGGACAACUCUUGAGUGCACAAGCUACUACUCCUAUUCCUUCCUUACAUCAGGCAUUCUUUGUGGGUGAUAUCUUAACCAAGAGAGAUUGUUUAAGAUUACAAACUUUGGCGGAAAACGUUUACAUUGUUAAUAUGUAUGGUACCACCGAGACCCAACGUUCUGUUUCCUACUUUGAAAUCAAAUCAAGAAAGGAAGAUGCUUUUUAUUUAAAGAACUUAAAGGACGUGAUGCCUGCAGGUACUGGUAUGUACAAUGUUCAAUUGUUGGUUGUUAACCGUAACGAUCGUUCUCAAACCUGUGGUGUUGGUGAAGUUGGUGAAAUCUACGUCAGGGCUGCUGGGUUGGCCGAGGGUUACAGAGGGAUGCCUGAUUUGAAUAACGAGAAGUUCAUCACUAACUGGUACGUUGAUCCUCAACAAUGGAUUGACAAUGAGAAAGCAAAUGCUAAAGGUGAACCUUGGAGAGAGGCAGGAUGGUUCGGUCCAAGAGAUCGUAUGUACCGUACUGGUGAUUUGGGUCGUUAUUUACCGGAUGGUAAUGUUGAAUGCUGUGGUAGAGCCGAUGAUCAAGUUAAAAUUAGAGGGUUCCGUAUCGAAUUGGGUGAGAUUGAUACUCACAUGUCUCAACAUCCUUUGGUUAGAGAAAACAUCACUUUGGUCAAGAGAGAUAAAAAUGAAGAUCCCACAUUAAUCUCCUAUAUUGUCCCUAAGAACUGUGAAGAAUUGCAAACGUUUGUUUCCGACGUUAAAGAUGUGCAUGACGACCCUAUUGUUGAAGGGUUGGUUAUCUAUCGUGAAUUAAUUAAAGAUAUCAAGGGUUAUUUAAAGAAGAAGUUAGCCUCGUAUGCCAUUCCAACCAUCAUUGUUCCAUUGAAGAAAUUACCUUUGAAUCCUAAUGGUAAGGUUGACAAACCUAAAUUACCAUUCCCUGAUACUGUUCAAUUGAAUGCUGUAGCUCAGGCGAUCUCUUCAUCUGCUGGUGAAGACUUGGAGCAAGAAUCUUUCACCAAGUUGGAAGAAACCAUAAAGAACUUAUGGUUGGAAGUUUUGCCCAAUAGACCAGCUUCUAUUUCAAAGCAAGAUUCCUUCUUUGACUUGGGUGGUCACUCUAUUUUGGGUACUAGAAUGAUUUUUGAAUUAAGAAAGCAAUUGCUCAUUGAUAUUCCCUUGGGAGUCAUCUUUAAGGCUCCAACUAUUGAACUGUUUGCAAAGGAAGUUCAAAAGUUCAUUCAAAGUGAUGACGUUGAAUUGGCAACUGGUGAAGAUCAAGAAGAUGACGCUGAAAAGAUUCCCGUUGUUGAUUAUGCUGGUGAUGCUAAGGACAUUGCUAGCAAAUUAUUGUUACCUUCAUAUGCUUCUUUGAAGGGGUUGGACUUCACCAAGACCAUCAAUGUCUUUGUAACUGGUGUUACCGGGUUCUUAGGCUCUUUUAUUGUCCAUGACUUGCUUACUACCCGUCCUAAUGUUGAUUUCAAGAUUUAUGCUCAUGUUCGUGCUAAGGACAGAACUGCUGGAUUGGAAAGAUUAAGGACUACUUGUAAGACUUAUGGUAUUUGGAGUGAUUCAUGGACUGAAAAAAUUGAAAUCGUUAUUGGAGAUUUAGCCACUCCUCAAUUUGGUUUAGCAAAUGAGGAAUGGACUAAAUUGACAGACACACUUGAUGUGGUGAUUCAUAAUGGUGCUUUGGUUCAUUGGGUUUACCCUUAUUCACAAUUACGUGAUCCUAACGUCAUUGGUACUGUCAACGUCUUGAACUUGUGUGGUCAAGGUAAAGCCAAAUACUUUUCUUUUGUGUCUUCUACUUCUGCAAUCGAUACUGAUCAUUAUGUUCAUUUAUCAGAUAAUAGACUUCGUGAUGGGUUCAAGGGUAUUCCUGAACUGGAUGAUUUACAAGGGUCUUCUAAGGGAUUGGGUACUGGUUAUGGCCAAUCCAAAUGGGCUGCUGAAUAUAUCAUUAGACAAGCAGGUACUCGUGGAUUGAAAGGUUGUAUUACCAGACCAGGUUAUGUUGUCGGAUUCAGUAAGAAUGGUGCUGCCAACACCGAUGAUUUCCUUUUGAGAAUGUUGAAGGGAUGUGUUGAAUUGGGAAGCUAUCCUAACAUUUCCAAUACCGUGAAUAUGGUUCCUGUUGAUCAUGUUGCUCGUAUAGUGACUUCUACUGCUUUGCAUCCUCCUCAUGCAGAUGAAUACUCGGUUGCUCACGUGACCGGCAACCCCAGACAAAGAUUUGUGGAGUAUGUUUCUUCCUUGGAAGAGUUGGGUUAUGCUGUCAAGGUUGAUAAUUACAUUGAAUGGAGAAAGAACUUGGAGAAGUUUGUUACCAGUGGAGGUGAUAGUGCCUUAUUCCCCUUGUUGCAUUUUGUUUUAGAUAACUUACCUCAAAACACAAAGGCACCGGAAUUAGAUGAUACCAAUGCUUCUAUCUCCUUAAAGAAGGAUGCUGAAUACACUGGUGUUGAUUACUCUGCUGGGGUUGGAAUCAACUUGAAUACUGUAAGCACCAUUAUUGCUUAUUUGAUCAAGAUUGGGUUUUUACCUGCUAUUCCCGAAGGUCGUCAUAGGGCUAAAUUACCUGAAGUGGAAGUUUCUGAAGAAGCUUUACAAUUGGUUGCUAGUGGUGCUGGUGUCCGUACUUCUGCUGGAAAGUAG